AAGAAAAUGGUAUUUUGGUUCGUCCCUUCCGGUUCUUGUUCUUGAUACUGCACAAACCCUAUUCGUAAAAGACUGCAAAAAAGCGAGCUACCCACCACCGUGAUUCAACCCGCUAUUCCGAUUCUUCUCCAGAAUGUUGCCUAACAGGUGAACCGGUUGAACCACCGGUUUGUUCUCCGGUUUUCAACAGUGCGGUUCUUAUGUUUCUUUGAACCGGACCGGACACAGAUCAGUUUCGUUCUGGUUUUUAGUACCUUGGUAUAUAGAUUCUCUCUCACAUCUUUUAGCUUUGAGUAUCUUCAGAACUUGACAAUCUCACUCAUGGCACUCUCUAACGCUACCCACAUUCCAACCCUCUUCAAUCCCCUCAAAACCAAUCCUCUCCCUUUUCCUUCCUCCCAUGUUUCCUUCCUUUUUCCCUCUCACACCAUCUCCAAUUCCCUCACCGCCGCCACCAACAUGUCCCGCCUCAAUUCCGCCGACUUCGAACUAUCUACCAUCACAGCUUUAUCCCCAUUAGACGGCCGUUACAGGGAAAAAGUUAAAGACUUGGCUCCUAUCAUGGGUGAAUAUGGACUCAAUUACUAUAGGGUCAUUGUUGAGAUUAAAUGGUUGCUGAAGCUUUCUGAGAUCAGUGAAAUCACUGAAGUUCCUGCUUUUAGUGAAGAUGCUAAGUCUUUCUUACAAGGUUUGAUUGACGACUUUGGCGAAACUGAUGUUAACGAGAUUAAAAGAUUUGAGAAGAUUACAAAUCACGAUGUUAAAGCUGUAGAGUAUUUCUUGAAACAAAAGUGCCAGUCAAAUGCUGAAAUUGCUAAGGUGCUUGAAUUUUUUCACUUUGCAUGCACUUCUGAGGAUAUAAAUAACCUUGCUCAUGCCUUGAUGUUGAAAGAAGCCAUGAAUUCUGUUAUGUUUCCUGCCAUGGAUAAAAUAAUCAAAGCUUUGUGUACAAUGGCCAAAGAUAAUGCUCAUAUCUCUAUGCUUUCUCGCACUCAUGGACAGCCAGCUUCACCGACUACUUUAGGGAAGGAAAUGGCGAUAUUUGCUGUGAGGCUAAGUAGAGAAAGGAAGGAACUGUCUCAAGUUGCGAUUUUGGGGAAAUUUGCCGGUGCAGUUGGAAAUUACAACGCGCAUCUUUCUGCAUACCCUGAUGUUAAGUGGCCUGAUAUUGCACAGGAGUUUAUACUCUCUCUUGGAUUAAGUUUUAAUCCUUAUGUUGCCCAGAUUGAAACUCAUGACUACAUGGCGAAGAUUUUUCAUUCAUUUAUCCAAUUCAACAAUAUAUUAAUCGACUUUGAUAGAGAUGUAUGGGGCUAUAUAUCUUUGGGCUACUUUAAGCAGACAACUAAGGCUGGGGAGAUUGGGUCAUCAACUAUGCCUCACAAAGUGAAUCCCAUUGAUUUUGAGAACAGCGAAGGAAAUUUAGGCGUGGCUAAUGGAGGUUUUUCUCAUCUAAGCAUGAAGUUACCGAUUUCACGUUGGCAGAGGGAUUUGACUGAUUCAACUGUCUUAAGGAACAUGGGUGUCAAUUUUGGUUAUUCUCUUCUUGCAUAUAAAAGCACGCUUCAAGGAAUUGGGAAGCUUCAGGUCAACGAAGCUCGCUUGAGCGAAGAUUUGAACCAGUGCUGGGAGGUACUUGCUGAACCAAUACAAACGGUUAUGCGAAGAUACAGUGUUCCCGAGCCUUAUGAAAAGUUAAAAGAGCUGACUAGAGGGAAAGCAAUUACCAAAGAAAGUUUAAGAGACUUCAUUGAAGGCUUAGAUAUACCACAAAAUGCAAAGACCUAUCUGUUAAAGUUAACGCCUCAUACUUACGUUGGAACCGCCGUUGAAUUGGCCAGAACGGUUGAACACGAAGUGAAUAAUAUUUUGAAUGGAGCAAUCUAGGAAACAGGUGGUUUAACCUUAACCUGAGGUUUUGAUUAGUUAUUGAGAUUACUUUACUGCUGCGAAUGCGAUUUUUGACCUGAUUCUCGCCAUUGAUAAUCAUUAGUUGGUAAAUGAACCUUCUGAUAACUUGUUUUAUUUAUUAAACAAAAAAUAGAGAGAAUGGUAUUCAGUGAUUAAUAUGAGAAGCUAGAGUGAUGUAGAAAGAUUUGGGGAUUUAAUUUUAUCUCUGCACACAAAUUAAAUUCUUCUUAUGAAUAUGCACAAAUCUUUUAACUUAUUUAAAUUGACUCUUUUGUUAA